CCCGCCCGUUGUCACCCAAUCCACGCGAGGCGCCACCGACUCCAUUGUCACGCCGAGACACACUCAGUGAGCUCCGGCGCAGCCUGGGCAUCACCAAAACACCAUGGAGGACACCCAGCCUCAGCAGGAGCAACAGCCUCCGCAAAGGCGAGGCCCUCGCCUCUACCACAAGAAGAGCCGUUUUGGCUGCGAGCGCUGCAAGCAGAGGCGAGUCAAGUGCGACGAGGCCAAACCGAAAUGCACGCAGUGCGCGAAGCACAUGGUGUCGUGCGUGUAUCCCGCCGUGAGCACGACGAGCGGAGCUGCGUCGACAAAGUCUGAACCCUCACCACCGUCUGCCGUCUCGGGCUCAGGAAAGCUUGCCCACAUCGCAAACUGGCACAGCGUCGUGACCCUCAGUCCUCCGGAAGAAUCAGGCAUGUCAAAGUCGUAUCCUUCGCCAUCUCUUUCACAGCCAACUCCGGAUUCGCACGCAGCCUCGGAGCCCGAAGCCGAUGGCGACAUGCCAGAGACGCGCGAGCGACGCCUCCUGGAGCUCGCGCUGUUGCUCAACCAACAGCAGCGCAUGAAGGAGCCAAUCCCGACUCCGGAAGUUGGUGCACUGCAGAAACUGUGGCAGGAGCAGGUUCCAUCCAUGGCUAUCGCGGAGGACGGCGCCUUGCACCGCAUAUACAUGGCACAUUCUGCCUUGGACAUUGCCCUGCGAAGCGAUGAUCCAAAGGAGCGGGAGAAGUAUUUCCAAUACCAGAGCCAGUACCUUGACGCGGGCUUGCGUCUCUUUAAGCGAGAUUUCGAGUCACUGGGACCAGGCAACGCCGAUCGAGUGUGUCUGACAGGUCUCAAGAUCCUGGCCCACGUCAUGGCACAGGUACAGACCGUGCCCGUUGAUCCUUGGGAACCACCACUUGUGUGGAUGGGCCUGGGCAAGCGCACGUAUGGGGCUCUGAGAGCAGCUCGAGAUCUGCUUGAUGAGAACAGCCGCAUGAGGGCUUUUGUGGACAGUCCUCCGUCAGUACGAGACGGCGCCCAGAUGAUACAAGCGGACUACAGUGCUCUCGCCUGGCUGCUGGAGCCUCCAAGCGUCUCAGGACACGCCGAACUUGCCAAUGACCACGAGUUGGAGGACCCAGAAGUGUUUGCGGCUUACACACAAGCGCUCUCAUACACGUGUUGUAUACAGCUGGCUAUCAACAGGCGAGAUCCCGAGUACGGCAUCAUUCGACUGCUCGGUGCAUUUUCCUGUUGGUGUCAUCAUCGCUUCAUCGCGCUGCUCAGCGAGCGCAAACCAAGAGCCAUGGUUGUCAUGGCACAUUUCAUGGCAUUAUGGCUUGAUUACGAGUCUGUUUGGCUUAUUGGGAAAGCCGGAGAGCGGCAGAUCAAUGGCAUCUACGCGGCACUGCCACCAGAAUGGCGUCCAAAGGUCGAAGUUCUCUUGCCAAGACUCAACCAGAUGAGAGUUCGUCGAGAGGUCUGGGGAGUCAUAUGAGAAGAAACGUUCACGAGCAAUGCUCCUGAACAUCAACCCUAUCGUGGCCACGUGCAGCCCGGCUGACUUGUACGGUCAGACCCAGUGGGCCACUUAGAGAGUGAGGCGGCAAG